AUGGACAAGAUUGAUAAACCUUAUUUAUUAAUGCUUGAACGUCUUCGUAUUCUUGAACAAUCUAUUCAUAUUCUCAAGCUAGUUAAUAAUGAUCUUCGACAAAUUCUUCAUAAACAAAAACCUUUACCACAAUUCAUUCAUGAUUCAUUUAAACGAUCUACAGUUAAUAGCUCAAAAACAUCUUCUGCACUCAAUCCUCCUCCUCCACUACCACCGCCGCCGCCAACAGAUACUGAAGAAAUGCGUCUUGCUGCAAGUAUCAUCGACAAAGCAAAACGUACGAUUGAAAAUGUUGGUGAAAAGAAACCAAAACAAUCAUCUACUGUAGUAGCAGCACCACCAGCAGCUCCAAUACCGGUUCAGUCAAACAGUACUAAUAAUAAUCGUCCUAAGACUACAUCAUCACUACGGCCCUCUUCAGCAAGUUCAAGCAUUCCAUCCUCAUCAAGUUCGUCUGUACCUCGACAGCAACAAUCACAGCAAACAGGACGUCGUUAUGUUCCAGCUCAUAUGAAAGCUCCAUUUUUAACACAACCUGAAAAGAAACCUCGACCUAGCUCAUCAAUUCGUAAUAAUAUUCAAAUUAAUCCCAAUCAAAGAACGAAUACGACACGUCGUUCUCUUAGUCAACAACGACGACAAUCGUCAACUUCACAACCAAUCAUCGAAUUUUCUCAACAAGCAAUACAAAUACCAGCAAUUACUUCGACAGAAAAUGAAAACAGCUCGACGAUCGAAAAUCAAAAUAUCAAUGUCACGAGUCAGAAUAUCAUUCUUCCAGAUAAUACAUCUAUUAUUACUACUGCAGAAGAAACAGCUGAAACAGAUAUAUCUCCUGUUACACAACCAGUUGUACUUAAUCGAACAUUAAUUAAACCAUUACGUCGUUUAUGGAAACAAAAUCAAAAUCUUCGUAGUCGAUUAAAACGUGAGGUUGAAAAGAAAUCAACACCAUUACCUCCAUUUAUUGAUCGUUUAACUGAACAAAUUCAUUCAUCGACAACUACUGAUAAAAUAUAUUUACCAAAUAUUGAAGUAUUACUUCAAUUAGCCAUUAAACUUCGUGCUAUUAUACUUUAUCUUCUAGAAAAUUCUACAUUCGAUGAUUUUAAUAAUGCAUUAAAACGUUUAAAUACACUAAAAUAUCUUGUUAAUCAAUAUCAUUUUUUGUUUACAUCAAAUAUUAAUAUUUAUGUUGAGAAACAACAUCAUCGUCCAUUAAAUAUCAAUAUGAACAUUGAAGAAUGGUUAAAUAAAUCAAAAUCUUCUAUAUUAAAUCAUAAUAUUAUUCGAUAUACUGAUGAUAAUCAAUUAAUUGCUCUUACAGAAAUACGAUUUAAACAGUUUGAAAAUGAAUGUCGAUGGAUUGAAUUAAAUUGGCAUGAACAAAUGAUAGUACAAUUUAAACAAUCUAUAUCAAAUAAAAAUCAAAAAUCACUUCAAAUCUAUCGAGAAUUAUUAUCUCUUAUAACCGGCUUACAAACAGCAACUCCAAUUAUGAUUGAGAAUAAACUUGAAUGA